GGGAGGCCUGCUGCUUCUGCGGUGCAGAAACGUUUGACAUCGAUAAAUGCGUGAGAGUGCUCGCGAAGUGCGGAGGUACCAGGCCGUAAUUCGUUCGUCGGCUCCUCGUCGUCGUCGUCGUCGUCGUCGUCGUGGUGGUUGUGGUCGUGGUCCUCGUUGUCCUCGUUGUAAUCGUCGAGGACUCGUACUGGGUUAGUUAUCGUUAACGUCGAGGACGUGAUCAACAUCCUCCUCGUAGUUAUCGUCGGGUCGUCCUCCUCGUCUUCCUCGUCCUCGUCUUUGUCCUGCAGUAAAUGCGGUGACGAGGGUUCGUGAAAGCAGAAGAAGAAAAAGAAGAGGAGGAGGAGGAGGAGGAGGAGGAGAAAGAAGCGGUGGUGGCGGAGGAAGAAGUGGUGGAGAAACAGAAGAAGAAGCGGCACAACGGGAAUCGAGAAGAAGGAGAACCACUAUUACGAGGGUUAUAGCUGGAGAGAAAGAGACAGAGAAAAGGAGAGGACGGUGCAGAAGAGCCAUCAUCGGUGGUGUUGUGUAGUGGCGUGGGUAGUAACCGAAACGAAAGGGUGAAGGAGGAAGAGGAGGAGUGGAGAGGAGAGGAGAGGAGAGGUGAGGUGAGGUGUAGCAGCAGCAGCAGGUACUCUGCUGGAGAAGAGUUUUAUAGCGCGCGCACGAAAGAGAACGUGACUUUUGGGAGAAAAGAGGGAAGAACAAGAAGAGAACAAGAAAACAAAAGAGGGAGAGGAAAUAGAAUAAGAUAGAAAGAGAGAGAAGACAAAAGAGUCGUCGAAUCCUAGUCGCGUGGUGAAUUCUGUUGAACGACGACGUUCGAAAGAACCGCGAAAAUAGAAAGAGGUGGAAGAGGAGGUGGAGGAGGAGGAGGAAGGGAGAAGAGGAGAAGAAGGAGAAGAAGAAGAAGAAACUCUGUAGAUAUAGGAUAACAUAAGAGGAAAGAAAAAGGAUUCGAUGCUCGUGGCGUGAUCGCGAGGAGACGCCAAAGGGGAAUAGAAACAGAUAGAAAGAGAGAGAGAGAGUGACGGAGAGAUAAAGAAAGAAAGAGAGAGAGGGAGAAUAAAAGCGCGCGCUCGUUUGAAAUCGUGGUUGUGGUGCAUUGUGGUUAUAAGCGAGAAAGGAGAAGGAAAGAGACGGAAGAGAGAAAGAUAAAGAUAGAGGUAGAAAGGGAGAUAGGAAAGAGUGCGAGGGAGGCUUUGAGGCUUGGAGGUGGCGGCGGCAGCGGAGGGGGUGGAGGCGGGCAGCGAGAGCGGCACGGCUGCUCCCUCGUGCGAGUGUGCGUGCCUAGCGCGCGCGUGUGCUCCUGUUGUUGUUGCCGUCCUCCUCCUCGAGUGGUCUUCUUCUCCUUCUUGUCUUCUUCCUCGUCGUCGUCGUCGUCGCCGUCGUCGUCGGCGUCGUUCCUCCUCUUCUUCUUCUUCUUCUCUAGUAUUAGUUGUUGUGCUCCUCGUGCUAGUGCUAGUAGUAGUAGUAUUAGUAAUAGUAGUAGUAAUAGUAGUAGUAGUGGUGCUGGUGCGAGAGUCCUAUUAUCGUGACGAGAGCGACGUGUCGUCGUCGUCGUCGUCGUCGUCAUCGUCGUCGCCGUGUGUGUUUCAUCUACUCUCUUCUACUACGCAACAACAACUACAACUACAACAACAAUACUCUAUCUACUACAUUACUAAUAAUAACGCCACCACUACUACUGCGUUAACUACAAAGUUACAUACUACAGAAGUACUACUAUCAUCAUCAUCACCACCACCAUCUCCUCUACGAAUAUCUAGUGCGCCGUCUUCGCCGUUGUCGUCGUCGUCAUCGCCAUUGCCAUCGUCGCAGCCGACGUUUUCAACUUUUUUCUUCUUCUUCUUGUCCUUCUUUUCUUCUUCUUUUUCCUCUUCUUCCUCCUCCUCCUCCUCCUCCUCCUUAUCUUUUACUCCUCGUGGAUCCUUGUGGGAAGUAGUGAAAGAAAGAAAGCCGCUAGGAUUGCGUCAAACCGAGAAAAUAUGAGCAUUGCUGCCCUACUACAGGCCGCCGAGUAUAUUGAACGAAGGGAAAGAGAAGCUGAACAUGGCUAUGCUUCGACGAUGCCGAUACCCGAUGAUAUGCGGACGGUCACAAAAAGGCCAAAAACGAAAAAAUCCCAAGGCAGUAGAACAACUCAUAACGAGCUAGAGAAAAAUAGGAGGGCCCAUCUAAGAAAUUGUCUCGAAAAGCUGAAGAUGUUAGUACCGUUGGGUCCAGAAACUUCGAGGCACACUACGUUAGGCCUCUUGACGAAGGCCAAACGUUUUAUCAAAAGCCUGGAGGAACGUGAACGGAAACAUAUGGUGCACAAGGAACAACUUUCGCGGGAGCAACGGUUCCUCAGGCGACGAUUCGAGCAGCUGACGAGUCAAACGGGGUUGCACGGGCUUCAUCAGGGUCUCCAUCAAGGUCUCCAUCACGAACUCCACGAACGGCGCGGGCUGAGUUCAUCUUCAUCACCUUUAAGCUCCUCGGCACCAAAUGCAUCCUCUUCCGCUGCGGCCGCGGCUGCAGCUGCCGCUGCUGCUGCUGCACAUUUAUCGAAACGGCGCAGUAUUUCCGAGUGUUCACUCGGUACAGCCUUUUCCACCAGUUCGGCUGAUAGCUCAAGGAACUCCGACAGGUUUGCUGGCAGUCCAUCCGUCUCGGAGUCCGAUGAAGUUGACGUGAUUGGCUAUACCAGCAACCAGUCAGAUACCGAUGACCACAGCAGCGUGCAAAGUAGCAGCGAUAGUGGCGUCGCAAUGUCUACAUCCAGGCUGACCCUUUCUGAAAUGAUGGACAAUCUUUAGAUAAAAAGAUGGCGCGGUGGCGGAGAAAAAAAGUGGAAAAGAAGUGUUUGAGAGAACGAGGUAGCAAAGAUAGGAGAGAAAAAAACAUAGAAGAAAGAAUAGAAAAGGUGGAAAUGGAACCGAAGGUGAAGGAUAAUAAAGAAAUCGAAGAAUUUAAAAAUAAGAGAAAAACGUAGAAGAGAUAAAGGAGAGGAUGAGAAGAGAUAUUGUGUUGUGAGAAGAGGAACAAACAAACAAACAAAAAUAAUAAAAAGAGCGCGCGAAGAUGUUAAGCAAAAAAGAAAAAAAAAUAUGGCGGUGGAAAAAAUCCUUCGGGUGUUAAACGGAGAUUGACGGCGUGCGAAGUAUCGGUGCAAAAGUACACAUAAUAUACAUACACGCAACAUCAUACACACAGUACACGUAUAUACAUUUAUAUACCUGGGCAAAGAACACGCGUGUUCGAUUAUUGUUUAUCGAAUACUUUUGGGAUUCACGUAAAACAUAAAUUUGGUCGAAAAUCGUCCAAUUGUGAGAACGCGUGUUUCGUAUACAUAUUUACAUGUAUGUAUACAACAAGAGGAAGGAGAAGAACAAAACUGGCUGCUGGUUGGUCCCUGCUGCAGUCAGAGAAAAAUGAUAGAAAUAGGCAAAACGAAGAAAAGUGUGUAGGGAUGAGAGAGAGAGAAAAGGUGUUAGGAGAAAGGUAGAUAAUGUCUGUGGAUAGCAAAGAAGAGGAAGAAUAAGAUAAGAAAAUAAAAAACAAAAGAGAAAAGGAGAAAAAAAGGAAGAACAAAGGUUACUGAUAAAAAAAAAAAAGAACGAAAAGGACCAUUCUUGUCUUUUGGAAGAACUAGCUUCGAGAAAACUACUAGAAGAAGAAGAAGAAGAGAAGGUUUUUUCUUAAGUGCGAGCGAAGAUUGCACCGAGUAAAAUGUGACAAGAAAAAGAAAGAAAGAAAAAGAGAGAAAGAGAGAGAAAGAGAGAGAAAGAGAGAAUUGGAUAGUGACAAGACUCGAGUGUUGUUGUGGUGUUACGUAGAGAGAGAGAGCGAGAGAGAAGAUGUUGUGUUGUGGUUGGAGAGUGUAAAUUAUCGAGCGAAAUGAAGUAUUGUACAUAUUUUUAAGAGAGCGAGAGAGAAUAAACAGAGAGAAUGGGGUUUAUUGAGAUGUUUGAUUGAGAUAGGUGAAGAAAGAGAGAAAGAAAGAGAAUGAUAAUGAGAAUGAGAGAGAGAGAGAGAAAGAGAGAAAGUAAGAAAGUGUGUGUAUGAAUAAAGGAAAUAAUAAUAAUAAAAAAAAAAAAAAACAAAAUCCGAUGUAACGAAUCGAUAAGCAAGCGCAAGUCGAAGGUGAUGAUGUAUAUCUUACGUUAGAUUAAAAAGGCGGGAGGGAGGUAGGGGGAAAAGAAGAAAAAAAAUAAUAAAAAAAAAAAGAACAGAGAAAGAAUAAUUAAUUAGGGGGAGAAGGGGGGAAAGGAAAAAAAAAAUUGAUAGAAAGUUAACCGAUACAACGGCGCCAGUUCGUCGUAGGAGGAGAAAGAAGAGAAGAAGCAGGGGAGAAGUGGUGGGUGGGUGGAGGAGGAGGAGGUGGUGGUGGAGGAGGAGGUAGGAGAUAGUUGCGAUCGUUUCUCUUCGCUCUUAUCUUCUGUCUCGUCCACGUGACAACAUCAUAUUUGUUUUCUUUCCGUCGUUGGUGUCCAUUUUUUUUUCCGUUCUCUCAUUGGUCUCGUUCCUUUUUAUUUUUUUUUUUUAUUUUCUUUUACAUUAAUGCGAAAUGAAUCGACGAGGCGAGAGGGGAGAAUAAUAAAUAAUAAUAUUUUUCUUCCUUUUCUCUCUACCGAAUUUAAGAAGAAGAAGAAGAAGAAGAAAAGAAAGAAGAAAAAAAAGAAAGAAAAAAACCAAAAAUCGACUAGGACAACUUGUAGCGCAUUUAGGAUGGCGGGUGGGAGGGAGGGGUGGUGUGUUAGGGAGGAGGGAGUAGCAGUUUAAAUUCGGCAGGGGUGUACGCUUCUUCACGUAAAUUUCAAUCGGUUUUUAAAACGAUCGAUGAUGCUUCGUCUAGUGUUUAAUUUAAUUUAGUUUAGUUUAGUCUACUUUACUUUACUUUAGUUAAGUUUACUUUAAUUUAGUUUAAUUUAAAUAUUCGUAAGUUUAUAAGUAAUAGAUCAUGGUUUUUCUUCUUGGAACGAAGCAUAGAUCGUUCGUUUUGUUGUCCGCUUGCGUCGAAGAGGAGGAGGAGGAGAAGAAGUAGGGUUGGGGGGAGGAGGAGGAAUAAGAGAAUGAUCGAGAGAGGAGGGUACGCGAUAAAAUUCUCGGACUCCUCUCGUAAAGGAGAAAAGGGAUUAGAAAAAGGAAUAGAAAAAAGAAAAUAAAGAAAAAAAAUUGAACGUGUGGUAUAUGAUGGUAUAUUAUGGGGGCCCCUCUGCUGUGCGUGGCCGAUUAGAGAAACAAGAGAGAACCCAUUCUAACCUUUUGGUAUUGAUCUUUUCUUAGUUUCCUUGCAUGUAAAAAAAAGAGAGAGAGAGACAGAGAAAUA